AAUUAAAUAAAAGUAACCAUAGAAAAUAUUGACACAUUGCAAGCUAUAAAAAUGAGUGAUGAAUGCGAAGAUGUCCCUUAUAAGAUUCCCAGUUAUAAAAUAUACAAAGUAGAAGAUGUCCCCUUAUUAAUGAAAACUCAAAAAGCUUUACAAGCCCAAGGUUUAUGCGAUCCUUGGUUAAGAAACGAAGUUUGGAGAUAUACCGAAAAAGAAUUUUUAUCAGAAAAGUCUCGCUUUCGUAAAACCUUUUUUUCUGGGUUAGGAAUCGGAAUUGUUCUUACAAUUUUAACCGUUGUCGGAACUACUUUUUAUGAAAAAUACACAAAAACAAGUGAAAACGAAGUAUGCGAUGCCGCUAAUAAUAAUGAAACGUGUGAUUCAAUUAAUAAUGAGGUUAAACCAGAAUUAAAACAAGAUUAGGUUGCUAAUGUAUUAAUUAAAAAUAAAUGAUUUACCAAACAGA